AUGGCAGCGAGGCGGAGAACACUCCUGAAGGUCAUAAUCCUGGGCGACAGCGGGUGAGUUCGCGUUUCCCCCGUUACUGUGUCUCUGCAGCACACAGAAAUGAACACGGCUGCCACAAGCUCGGGGAAUUAACUCUAUUGCUACCGUGACAAAAACCAAUGGAUCCGGGCUCCCCGUCUUCCCUGGAAUCGUCUGGUCAUGGUCCGGUAAAGGGAUCGAGGAGUGUCUUCAUGUCAUUAGAUACAUUGGGCCCUCUUCAGUGUACGGUCAGACUUCGGGGUUCACAUCCUAUGCCACGGAGUGUUGUCUACUUUUCUUGAUUCUUCGGUCUCAUAUCGUUGCUGAUUGGACGUGGUUUUUUUAUCUUUCUCUGCAGGGUUGGGAAGACGUCCUUGAUGAACCAGUAUCCGUCCCCUUUGGGCUUAUUUUUCUGGUUAUUUUAACGGUUUAGUGGUGAUGCUCUGUUGUCGAUCAGUCAUCUUUAUGGUCUCCAGAAACAAUUAUUUUAUCUCAUUCUGUCCCCCUUAAUUCUGAUUGUAUUUAGAUAUGUGCAUAAGAAGUUCAGCAACCAGUAUAAGGCCACAAUUGGAGCUGAUUUCUUCACGAAGGAAGUUCAGUUUGAAGACAGAAUUUUCACUUUACAGGUGGGGCACCUCCCCGCUGCAUCAUUUAGAGUCUUUAAUUUAUUUUUGAUUCAUAAAAUAGGAUUCCCGGGUUUUUUCCAUCGCGAAUUUCAUGUCACAGCUUCUGUUGUGUCCAAAGAUCAGCUUGGCCGGUAGCUGGCUUAAUCUUUUGCAUUUUGUUUUCUAAAACUUAACUGAAUCUCUGUCCUCGCACGUUGCCUGUCUGGUUUAUUUUUCAUUUUCAAAAUUUAUCUUAAAAUAUUUUACCCCGCUUGAUGAUCAACAUAUAGAUUAAGCUCGUGUUGAUUUCUUCCUAACAAUGUUUACAAUGCCAUUCUUAUUUUUAUAAUUUUCCUUAAUUCUGGUUUUGAAGCGUAAUUAAACAAACAAAUGUGGUUAUAAUGAUGUCUUGGUCGUCAGUGAUUAUUACCACAUUUUCUGCACUCUCUUCAAAGUCAUACCAUAGUGGUACAACUCUCUAGACCAUUGUUCCUCGUGUAAGAAAAUGAUUUCGCUGUAUUAAUCAGUAUAAAUUUAUCCCGUGAAGUUCUUUUUUCAUGCAUAUAGAAGUAUUUGAAAUACCUCUUGGUCUGAUUAUCACAAAGGCAGUUAUACCUUGAACCAGACAUUUGUAUUCCAUCUUCCUAAGAAGUCCAUUUUUCCAAAUUUGGUCAUCAAUCUCACCCCUUCCUUGCCUUAUGCAUAUUUUUUAGGCUACAAAUUUUUUGAUGAUUUUCGUUGAUUUUAUAAUAUGAUAUCGAAAUUUCGAAGUUUUUCAUUCAAACAUUUCGAUUUCGCUGUAGUGUGUAGCUGUUCGACGAGUAGUAGCUACAUAAAUGACAUGUAGUUGGAAAACAUUUUAUGUCACUUAAUAAUUUCCUGAGGUGGGGUAUAUGAAUUAAACGCUUUAGUGUACCAGCCCUGAUGGUCUCAAUUGAAGAUAGAAUUUUCUCCAGUUCUGAGAAACAUGUCCAUCAUUCUAUAUUUCAACUGCAACCACAUCUGAAACUGUUGAAAAGCAGAAAAAAUAUACACCUACCCCAGCCUUUUUUUGAAUGCCAUCAGGUUUUCAUACAACAAAUUUUCUAAGAUAUUGUGUCCUGUAUAAUUUUUCUUUUCUAUCUACUCUCACAGACAUGGGAUACAGCUAGACAGGAGAGAUUCCAGAGCUCAGGUGUGGCAUUCUACCGUGGCGCAGAUUGCUGUGUCCUUGUGUAUGAUGUUAAUAAUAUGAAGUCGUUUGAUAAUCUGAAUAACUGGCGAGACCAAUUUCUUAUUCAGGUGAUAUUUUGGAACCCUUUUCCAGGCUAUACUAGAUCCUUUAAUCAUUCUUAUCGAUCUUAACUUUUGACGAGUGCACUUCUGCAGGCAAUUCCCUCAGAUCCUGACAAUUUCCUUUUGUAGUCUUGGUAACAAAGUUGAUGUGGAUGAAGGAGAAAGCAGGGCGGUAGGUUAAAUUUCUCGGCAUACUCUAGUGAAUGUUUUUUCCCCACUUCUGUUUCUUCUGUUCGUGGCAAUUGAUUCGAUACCUAUUACUCUAUUCUCAGGUUUCAGAAAAAAAAGCCCGGGCUUGGUGUGCCUCAAAGGGCAACAUUCCCUACUUUGAGACAUCUGCCAAAGAGGUAUUCAACGUUGAAGACUGGAGAGGAAGAAGAGAUGUAAGUGGCGCAUAUUACUUUCCGAUCUCCAGCAUUUAAGUCUUAGAAUCACGAGACAGACAUGCUUUAACUUCUUAAUUCUGCUUUGUUUUUUCGUUUUCUCCCCUUUCUAUUUUGCUUAUUUAUAAUAAAUUUUAUUUGGUCUGUGACGGUUUCAUGGAUCCUGAGAUAGGUUAUUCUCCACUGCCUUCCAGCUGCCCUUCGGGAUUCAGUUCAUGGUAGAUCUGGUGUCAAACCCAAAUUCGUAGCUUGUUUCGCAAUUGGGAAAUAUGCAGAUUGCAAACUGAUAAUUGACGAGGAAGAAAUUGAGGAAUAAUUCCAGAAAUUUGUGGAUUUUCUGAAAAUAUUACUGUUGCUCUCUAAAUGUAGUCUUAUUGGAUAAACAUGCCACAUAUUGGGUUUGAAACGAGCUAUAUACUAUCCAUUAACGAAAAUGGUAGAUGCCUGAAAAUAUUCAUCUUUGGAACCAAUAAAGACCAGAUCCCGAAAACAUUGAAGGCUGGAGCCCAACUGAAACGAUAAUAAACAGUCUGGUUAUUGGAUACUGGUAGUCAUUAACAAGAUACUGCCUAGAAGGCCGGAAGUCGGACAAAAAAGUGAGUAGAGGUGGGGACUUUUCAACUAUUCAUGUCUGUUGGGAUGAUGGUAUUUUUAGACAUAGUCGAUGGAAAAUUAAGAACUGAUCAUUUUGAUUCAGUGGGCAGUUGGUUUCACCUCAGGUUUUGCUUGGACUGUGGUAGAUAAGUUAGACCACUAUAAACGAAAUAUUGUAAUAUCUCAUCACAAACUUUUCCCAGAAAAUAAAAUAUAAGAAAUGAUAACAAAUAAAUAUAAUCAGAAUGAUGGGUCGCUAACUUAUCUGGCAGUCAUUUCGUUCACUGAGAGACUACUUGCCCAUAUAGUGGGUGGAGUGAUAGCUGAUGAUCUAGUCAUAAUUCCGUUUAUAAGUUAAUAUUAGAAAAAAUGUGAUCAACUAGAUAUUAGAUGUAUCGUUAAAGGUUCGUGUUUAUGGCAUGAAAGCAUCACGCCCACACUUUUGUUACACAGAUACCUCCCAGACACAAUUGAUGUUGCCGGUGGGAGUCAGCAGAGAUCCACCGGAUGCGAGUGCUAG